GGAACAGGGGAACUGAAUUCUAACACCGGUGUCAUGGCGGAUACAAGAGACAAGGGACUGCAAGAUUACAGAAAGAAAUUGCUUGAACAUAAAGAAAUUGAUGGGCGUCUGAAAGAACUUCGUGAGCAGUUGAGAGAGCAGACAAAACAAUAUGAAAAGUCAGAAAACGACCUUAAAGCACUGCAAAGUGUUGGACAGAUUGUUGGUGAGGUCCUGAAACAGUUGACUGAGGAGAAAUUUAUUGUCAAAGCAACAAAUGGCCCCAGAUAUGUUGUUGGCUGCAGACGACAGCUGGACAAGUCCAUGCUGAAACCAGGAACAAGAGUUGCUUUGGACAUGACCACUCUGACCAUCAUGAGGUACCUGCCCAGAGAGGUUGACCCCCUGGUGUACAACAUGUCCCAUGAAGACCCAGGAAGUGUCUCCUAUUCUGAAAUCGGAGGCUUGGCUGAACAGAUCAGAGAGCUUCGUGAGGUGAUUGAGCUCCCCCUGACUAACCCUGAGCUGUUCCUGAGGGUAGGCAUCAUCCCUCCCAAAGGUUGUCUACUCUAUGGACCCCCAGGAACCGGAAAGACCCUCCUGGCCAGAGCAGUAGCCAGCCAGCUUGACUGUAACUUUCUGAAGGUGGUGUCCAGCUCUAUAGUUGAUAAGUACAUUGGUGAGAGUGCCAGGCUGAUCAGAGAGAUGUUCAACUACGCCCGAGACCACCAGCCUUGCAUCAUCUUCAUGGAUGAGAUCGAUGCCAUAGGCGGUCGUCGUUUCUCUGAGGGGACGUCUGCAGACCGAGAGAUUCAGAGGACACUGAUGGAGCUGCUGAACCAGAUGGAUGGUUUUGACACCCUGCACAGAGUCAAGAUGAUCAUGGCCACCAACCGGCCUGACACGCUGGACCCUGCCCUGCUGAGGCCUGGCAGGCUGGACCGCAAGAUCCACAUCGAACUGCCCAAUGAGCAGGCUCGUAUGGACAUUCUAAAGAUCCAUUCUGGACCAAUCACCAAGCAUGGAGAAAUGGAUUACGAAGCAAUAGUUAAGCUGUCCGAUGGGUUCAACGGAGCUGAUUUGAGGAACGUGUGCACUGAAGCAGGAAUGUUUGCCAUCCGCGCCGACCACGAGUAUGUAACCCAGGAAGACUUCAUGAAAGCGGUCCGAAAGGUGGCGGACUCCAAAAAACUGGAGUCCAAGCUGGACUACAAGCCUUUAUGAUUCAUCUAAACACUGCAAGCAAUCUGACAACUUCUGGCUAUUUGCAUGUGAGAGGGAACAGGAGAAAAUACAGCAGAACUCUUAUAUUUGAAAUGUACAGUGUAACUUGACAUACGUGUACAAUUGUAGAAAUGACAACACUCUACACUUUGCUGUUUUGUUUUUUGUAUUUUGCUUUGAAAAUAUAUACACAAAAAACAUCAUCCUCAUCCACCCCAUUGUAUGGUCUUAAACACAGUAUGUUAAAUCCUGAGGAUGAGAAGAGCCAGUCUUUGAUGCAAAGGAUUUUAUUUUGAAGAAAUGACAAACAAUCAAAAUAUAGAAUUAUCAUGUUAUGUCUUUCUUGUAGUCUGGUGGGAAAAAAGAUUAUAAUUUGAAUAACUAAAAAAAAAAAAGAAUUAUAUGCCUGGGACUGAAGCACAGAAUCAGGCCUGGACCAUGUUUCUAGUUGCCAAUAAACUUUGAUAUUGUUUGAAAGUGAA